AUGCAAGGCGCGGCAAGUGGUGGGACCAAGCAGGCCGUUCGUGCGUGGCUACACGCUAUAGACAAGGGCAACGCGGAUACGUUUCCCGCCACUCUCCACAUCGACGCACCACUCGACCUGGCGGGGAACACGGCGCUGCAUGUAGCAGCGGCUGCAGGUCAUCUUGCUGGCGUGCGACGCCUUGUCUCGCUGGGCAGUGACCUCGACGCACUCAACACGCGUCAGCGAACGCCACUGCUCGUGGCCGCCGCGCAUGGUAACGCUGCAUGCGCUAUGGCAUUACUGGAGGCCGGCGCCUUGCCCGAAGCACCCCGCCACAGCCCGCUCUUUGAAGCGUGUCGGUGCGGCUUCUUGGACGUUGCGCGCGGCCUCAUCGCCGCCGGCGCCGACGUCAAUUUUAUGAAUGUCGGAGGGUAUGUGCCACUGAUGGCGCUGCCGCGGUGCCCGCCCAAGGUGGACAUUGAGCCAUUGCUGGCGUUGCUCGUGGCCUCUGGCGCCGACAUUCAUCGAUGCACCGACCCAGGUGCGGUUGGUGACUUUGCCCAGCAACCAAACCGGUACCGACUCUUUCUUCGCUACGGUGCGCGUGUAUCGGACAUGGAUCUAAAGCUGCUCGUGCACAACACUGCACUCCUUCACGUCUACCUCGAGGCCGGCGGCGACCCCGACGCUCAAACCACGCCGCGCGGUGUGACGCUUCUGGGCCUGCUUGUGCAAGCCAAUGAUUUUGCCGGUCUAUGCAUGGCGGCGCCCAUCGGCAAUGUCGGCGCGUCUCAUGGCGCCAGCUACUAUGACACUCCCCUUGGCAUUGCCAUUCUCACAAGUGCUGACCCAUCCAUCUUUCAAGUGCUCUUGGAUAGCCCCUGCUCGCAAACGGUGUACAAUGAUGCACUGCGGAGUGCGCUCAAUUUGCAUCAUACGACGGACGCAACGCUGCGCCUUUUGAUGGCCAAGGCCGACUUGGGCGCUGACGGCAUUGUACAGUACUGUCUCGAGAAACCACGACGCAUGGCUCUGCUCCUGAACGGAGGCUAUGACCCCAACAGGAGGACACCGGAAGGCUACACUGCGCUGUUUCUAGCCGUUCAGCGUGGGCAAAGCCCCGAGGUUGUCCGCCUCCUCGCGCCCCGCACAACCGACCUCCUCACCGAGCGCCACGAUGGACGCACGGCGCUGGACGUCGCGGUCGCGUUGGGUCACACGUCCAUUGUGCGCGCACUUCUCCAAGCAGGUUUUGCAUCGGUGACGACGCUGCCGACGGACACUGUGUUUGGACACCUGUGCACGAUUCGGUUUCCCGAGACGACGCUUCUUUACGAAGGCUGGCGCACCGACUCGAUCGCGUACUCUGAGCUCGAGCUGCAUUACAUGGCCUCGCUCUGCGCUGUGCUCGACGCGCCCGACUGGCGGUCACACUCACGUCUGUAUUCGCCACUGCUGCAGCAAGAAGUCGACCAUAUCCGCCACUCGAACCCACACAACUGGACCCCCAAUACGGCGCGCGGCGUGUACCACGUUGAUUGGGGCAACAACGACAUCUGUGCUGCGCUGCGAACGCAUCUCGCGCCGCUCAAAGGCGCUUGGAACGGCCCUGUCCAUACCAUCGUCGAGCCCAUGCGCGGUGGCUCGAUCGAGGGACACACGCGGUAUAGCGUCGUGCCGCACGGUGGGCGAGUGGGGCUCGCCACCGACGUCGUGCGGCACUCGACGACCGUUGACCAUCCCUUGGUGGCUGCGGUGACGUGUCCGCAUGUUCAGCUCUUGCCGACACCGGUCAUCUGGGACCCCGAGACGGGCCGCGCAACGUUCGAGAGCUACAUUGUCGAUGUCCUAUGGACUAGAACUGCAGUCUACAAUGCACUGGCAAACGCGCUCUCAGAUAUCUUGCCGUUAUUGAACCGCGCGGCGACACUCGAGGCAAGCCCAACACCAAGUCGUCUUUGCGCGCCAGCAUCCGAUGUAGCCGGCGUCCGCGUUGCGCUGCCACCGAGCUUCGAGGCGGCGGUCUUGCGUUCGUUUUCACGACGCUCGCAGCCCCUCGAGACGCACUUACAAGUGCUCUGCAGCGUCGAGAGCCUCCACGCGCCGCCGACACCGUGGGCCACGCCCUGGCGACGCGGCACGGGGGCGAUCAACGAAGCUGUGCGGUACACGGCACUGGUCUUCUACGAUCUCGUUGACGUCGAGGCACGGGUCGAGUUGCGCGAGACGUUUGAGCGCGUCAACACGUACCCUAAUCCCGAGGACGCAGACGAAGAGGUGUUUGGGCCCGAAAUUUCCGACAAGCGGACGCAAGACACGGGGUUUGUCACGGCGCGUCUCGGCCGCGUCGUCUUGAUUCCUACCAACGCGACCUACCGCCUCUCGCUCCGGCGCGUCGACGCCAAUCAAAAUGGCCAUUGCAAAAUCCUUACGUGGCAUCUUGUCGAUGCGCACCAUGGUGGCCUCUUGUCGACGGCCGAGGUGUACCCGCAGCAGCGAGCCUGGUUCCUCGAGGCCAUUCAAGGCACCCGCUUCACGGCGCUUCCGACGGACCUGCUCGAGCUCGUGCUUUUGUGUGUCGGCGCCGGCUUUGUGGACAAUGACCGCAUGGUCGAUACGUGGCACGCGACUCGCAACGACAUUGUGCGCCGCGCUAUGCAGUUUGCGUAAACGGUCUAGGGUCUCGCCGCGUCACGACGCGUCCUGUAGCACAAGUACAUUUCAACCCAAACCACAUCUGCAUGUGAAAAUCUCCAGUAUGUCCAUCAACGGCAACUUCUUUG